AUGUUCCGACUCACCACUGCCCGAAUUGCUUCUGUGCGAGGCUUCUCCACCUCCGCCAGCCUGUCCAAGAAGGUCGACUCUCUCUCCGUAAUUGGCGCCGGCCAGAUGGGUCUGGGAAUCGCUCUGGUGGCUGCCAACAAGGCCGGUCUCCAGGUCAACCUCAUUGACGCCAACCAGGGCGCCCUGGACAAGGGUCUCAAGUUCAUGGACAAGCUGCUUGAGAAGGACGUUGGCAAAGGCCGUCUGACCAGCGACGAGGCCCAGGCCGUGCGAGGCCGGGUCACUGGUCACACCAACCUGCAGUCUGCCGUGGCCGACGUGGACAUGAUCAUUGAGGCAGUCCCCGAGAUCCCCAAGCUCAAGUUUGACAUCUUCCGAGACCUCAACGAGUGGACCCAGAAGGAUACCAUCCUGGCCACCAACACCUCGUCCAUCUCCAUCACCAAGAUUGCUGCUGCUGCCGGCGCUGGUGCCCCCCGAGUCAUUUCUGCCCACUUCAUGAACCCCGUGCCCGUCCAGAAGGGUGUCGAGAUCAUCACCGGCCUGCAGACCUCUCCCGAGACCCUCGCCACCACCCUGGAGGUUGUGAAGCGAAUGGGCAAGAUCCCUUCCAUCUCCAAGGACUCCCCUGGCUUCCUGGCUAACCGAAUCCUCAUGCCCUACAUCAACGAGGCCAUCAUCACCCUCGAGACCGGUGUUGGAGAAAAGGAGGACAUUGACAACAUUCUCAAGAACGGCUGUGCCAUGCCCAUGGGACCCCUUGCUCUCGCCGACUUCAUUGGUCUCGAUACUUGUCUCGCCAUCAUGCGAGUGCUGUACGAGGACACUGGUGACUCCAAGUACCGACCCUCCGUCCUGCUUAACAAGUACGUCGAUGCUGGCUGGCUCGGAAAGAAGUCUGGAAAGGGCUUCUAUGACUACUAA